UCCAUAUAUCAGUCUCUCUCACGCGUUUAAAGGUUUACCAUAUGGAGUCACAGCAUCAUGAGCAUCAUCCUUUCAAACCAAGUCUUGCAAUGCCAUUCCUGGCCUGGAUGAAUUCCUCUUAUCAGGAAGGUGAGCGUGGUCCAAACCGUGCAGCCUCCAUGGGCCCCAGCCGGGUGUUACUCCAGGAGCUUCUCUGGCAAUUCGAGCAGAGAGAGUAUCUGGCUUUGGAGGAAGAGCGGAAACGCUGCUCCUAUGGCGCUCUAGGAUAUUGCCAGCCUCUUACUCAGGACAGCUUGCUUGCCCUGAUACCAGCAUCUGAGUGCAGACUGUUAGAACGGCUCUGUGCCCGAAUUCCACCAUCACACACAGCCGCUGUGCUCUUCAGGUUCCGUGAGAUUUUGGCUCACAAUUAUGUUGUUCCCUGGGAGCUCGUGUGCAUCUUCAAACAGGUGCUGAGGGACUUCCUGAGAAGGCAGGAAGAGGUGGGCUACAGGAGGUCUUUCUCUCCAGCCCCGCCAAUGCUACUUCCUGUUUCUCCUCCUCCUGCAGACAUCAACACCCGUGACCAAAAGACUACAAAGUCAUCUUCUCUGGAAGGACAAGAAAAGCAUCGAGAAGAGAUCCCAACCAUAUCCAGCUACGUGGAUAGGCAUUUAAGUAGUCCUUGUUCCUAUACUGUCCAAAGAGACUGUCUCCCCUAUUGCCACUCUUUUCACUAUGACUAG